CGAAAAAAGAGUCGUGUUUGUUGUGUUUUUUUCUGUAUUUGAAUCAAAAAAUGUUAUAAAAGACUUGUUUUUGAUAUAGAUUCUAGAUUUAAAAUAAUGGAGACUAGUUUUUCUUGCCGUACGUGUAUGAAAGAAAAUAACGCGUUUGUAAAUUUGUACGAACCCUUUAAAAUAGAAGAAGAGUGCAACCUACCGUUAGCUGAUGUGUUGACGGAGUGUUUUUCAUUACAGGUGUCAAGGGAAGAUGGACUGCCACAAAACCUUUGUCAAGAUUGUGCUAGACUUCUUCAGCUUUUGUUCAACUUUCGGAAACAAGCCAUUCAAACUGAAAAAGAGUACAGAAAAUUGCUGGAAAGUCGCCUUGGAGCCGAAAUAAAACAUGAGAAUUUUGAAGUUGAACUUAAAAAUGAAGAUGAUUAUGCAGAACAUUAUGAUGAUUUUGUGCCAGGCGUAGAUGUUGAUAAUGAUGCCCCUAAACUGGAAAUUGAAGAAAAAGAAUAUGAAGAAAAAACGUGUAGUGAAAAAAAUUAUCAAUGUAAUUUGUGCAGCAAGGAGUACAAAAGAGAAAAAAGAUUUUUGAAGCAUCUGGCAUCACACAACAAACCGGCUGUACCUUGUGGCUUUUGUGGGAAAACUUUUCCAAAGCAGUCUACAUUGAAAAAACAUCUAGCUAAAUGUUGUAAAAACUAUAACAGGUGUCAAAUAUGUGAAGAGGUUUUUGAAACUGAGCCUCUUCUUUUGGACCACAUGAAGCUUCACUCUGCCGUUGAGGUUAAAAUUGAGGGUGAGGAAAAAUUCCCAUGUCCUGAGUGUGAGAGAGUUUUUAGUAAAAGCAGGUCACUAGCGAUGCAUUUGAAAAAACAUAGAGAUAACAAAACACUUGCAGUAUACAAGUGUGAUACAUGUCAUAAAGAGUUUAGCACUAAGACAUUGUUGACGAGGCAUAUCAACUUGCACAGUGCGGUCAAACAGUACUCCUGCUCCAAGUGCCCUAAGAUGUACUCAAGAGCUGACCAGUUGCAAGUACACCUAAAGUCACAUGAUUCAGUUAAACCAUAUAAUUGCCAGGUUUGUGGAAAAGCUUUCAAUCAGUUAUGUAGCCUGAAAGACCACAUUAGAAUCCAUACUGGAGAGACUCCAUACCUGUGCUCCCAGUGUGGCAAGGGUUUCCACAACAGCUCCAAUCUACGUCAGCACAUGAUGCGCCACACAGGCCUCAAACCUUUCGCCUGCAAGCUCUGUCCUAAGAGUUUCUCUACCAAAGGUCAAAUGACAUGUCACAUGACGACACACACCAACAUCCACCCCUACAAGUGCGACGAGUGCGGUGCCUCCUUUACGAAGCCGACGUCCUUGAAGAAGCACAAAUUCAUUCACUUGGGUCUGCGACCUUUCGGUUGCGAUACUUGUAAUAUGCGGUUCACAUGCAAGGACCACCUGAAGCGGCACGCGCGCAUCCACACGGGCGAGAAGCCGUACAAGUGCGCGUACUGCGAGCGCGCCUUCACGCAGAGUAACGACCUCGUGAAGCACACGCGGCAGCACGUCGGCCAGAACAUAUACCAAUGCACAGUUUGCGAAAUGAGGUUCAGACUCAAGAGUGAAUUAAAGCAGCACUACCCGGUUCACUACGUUAACGGAGACCAACUCGCCACAAUCCCAGUAGGGAAGGAUAACCUCGCGCCUGUAAUGAUGCUAAAGCCCAAUGAUCAUCCGAGCGAGCCCUCAGAGGGUAAGGAGUUCCCCAAAGACAAUGUAGACCCGACCAUCAUCAUUAGGAUCAACAGGAACGGACUCGAUAAGAAUGGACACGCGGGGGACAUCACUAUUAAUAUCAGUCCGGAUGAGAAUAAUUGAGAAACUGGGAAAUUAGAAUUUUUAGUCAAGUUUGAUUUACAUAAUAUUUCAGUUAUAAAGAAUUUUCAUUAGGAUUUAUU